AUGAGCAGAGGGGGCACAUUGUUUCUCAGAAAUAAUGGAUUUUUCAGACAGUUCUGUAAUCACACGCAUCCUCCGAAUGGCAAGAAUCCAUCCACUUCAACGGCGACUUUGGAACUUGCAACUAAGCAACAGCUAUAUAUGCUAGAUCAAAAUUCCCCAGGAUCCGUUUUCUUUUUACCUCAUGGAACACGUAUAUUCAACAAGCUUUUGAAAUUUAUGAAGCUCCAACAAGAAAAGCAAGGUUUCACUGAAGUUAUUACACCAUUAAUGUACAAGAAACAACUUUGGGAAACAUCUGGACAUUGGGCAAAAUAUGCAGAAGACAUGUUUAGAGUGGAGGGUAAUGACCAGUCCAAAUUUGAUGAAUCAGAAAGGAACGACGUUUAUGGGCUGAAGCCGAUGAAUUGUCCAGGACAUUGUCUUGUUUUCAAAAGAUUCAAUAGGUCAUAUAAAGAACUACCGGUCAGAUUCAGUGACUGGUCAAGUUUACACCGGAAUGAAGCAAGUGGAGCACUGACUGGAUUAACUAGAGUGCGUAGGUUUCACCAAGAUGAUGGCCAUAUCUUUUGUACGCAUGAUCAAGUUGGUGAAGAAAUCUCCAAGACUAUUAAAUUGAUAAAAAUUUGUUAUGGUGUUUUUGGUUUGAGCAAAUUUAGAAUGUUGUUGUCGACUAGACCGGAUAACUAUAUUGGCAGUUUGGAAGAUUGGAGUCGUGCCGAAUCUGAGCUAUCCAAAGUUUUGGAUUCUGAGCUAGGGGUCAGCAAUUGGUCAUUAAGAGAAGGUGACGGUGCGUUCUACGGCCCAAAGAUUGAUAUUCUACUGACGGACCAAUUUGGUAAGGAACACCAGGCAGCAACAAUUCAGUUAGAUUUUCAACUACCUCAAAGAUUUGAACUUGAAUAUCAAAACGAUAAAGACGAUUAUGACGUACCUAUCAUGAUACAUAGGGCGAUUUUUGGAUCUGUUGAAAGAUUUAUGGCAUUGUUGAUUGAUCACUACGCUGGAAAGUGGCCCUUUUGGUUAUCUCCAAGACAGGCAAUUGUGAUUCCGAUCAAUGAUGCACAUAAAGAACAUGCGAAGAAAGUUGUCAAGGAGUUGAGCAACGAACAUGAAGAUUUCGAUGCACCCACAAAGCUAAGUGAAAAGAAGUUUUAUGUUGAUCUGGAUGACAGAAAUGAAACUAUUGGAUUCAGAACUAAAGAUGCUAUCAGUAAAGGUUACAAUUACAUCAUAUUGAUUGGUGAUAAGGAGAUUGAAACUGGGAAGCUAGCAAUUAGAUCUCGUGAUAAUCGUAAGAUUGAAAACAUUCCAGUUGAACAGAUCAUUCAGAAAUUUAACAACCUUGAAGAUCAAUAUAAUUGA